UAUAAAGCAGUCAUAUUUUGGAACGCGUUCUUAAAACAUCGUUUAUACAAGAAAAAAGAAAAAAACAAUUAGAUAUUCACGGGAAUAAAAUAAAUAAUUUAAAACGGGAAUAAGUUUUCUUUUCUAUUUCACGCUGGUGAUCCCAGACAAUAUAAUAUAUCCGACAUAUACAUAAAAAUAUAUUUAAAUAUACAUAAUGGAUAGAUGGAAUCGUUUUAAAUUCUUUAUAUUUAUAAUAAUAAAUUUAUUGAAACUAUAUUCUUGUUGUAUACGUGUACCAGAAGGUAGUAUAGUCGGAAAAUCACUUGCUGAUAAUAGAUAUAUUAUAUCAAUAGGUGGAAAUCCGCAAUUUUAUGAGCCAGGACAAAGAUAUAAUAUUUCAUUAAUGGGUAUACAACGUGGUAUAGCAUCAGCUCAUACAUAUAUCGGUUUUAUGUUAUAUGUUGAAAAUAAUUCAACAGAUAUUAAUUCAGCUGAUCCACGUUUAGCUGGUACAUUUGAAGUAACGGAUUACCAUGAAAUCAAAUUUAGUGAUAGAUGCCCAAAUUUAUUAACACAUACGAAUACAUUGGCAAAAUCUAAAAUUCAAGUAACAUGGAUUGCACCGCCACCUGGUAGCGGUUGUGUUAGUUUUAAAGCAACUGUUAUUGAACAUCGUGAUGUUUGGUAUAUGGAUGAUGGUUAUUUAACAAAAACAUUUUGUGAAGAAUCACUUGAAGAUUUUGAUAAUCAACCACCAAUAAUGGAUCCAUGUUGUGCAUGUGAUGAAGCAAAAUAUGAAUUAGCAUUUGAAGGUAAAUGGUCACGUCAUACGCAUCCAAAAGAUUUUCCAGCAAAUGGAUGGAGGACAAGAUUUAGUGAUAUUAUUGGUGCAUCACAUACAAUUGAUUAUAGAUUUUGGAAUUAUGGUGAAUUAGCAAGUGAAGGUUUGAAAGAAGUUGCAGAACAUGGUUCAACUAGAAAAUUAGAAAGUGAAUUAAAAGAAAAAAGUGAUCAAAUAAGAACUAUAAUAAAAGCAAGAGGUAUAACAUAUCCAAAUGUUACUGGUAAAACAUUUGCUGUAUUUCGUGUUGAUUCAAAUCAUCAUUUAAUAUCUUUGGUAUCAAUGAUUGAUCCAUCACCAGAUUGGAUUGUUGGUGUAUCUGGUUUAGAAUUAUGUUUACCAAAUUGUUCAUGGGUUGAAUAUAAACAACAUAAUUUAUAUCCAUGGGAUGCUGGAACUGAUAGUGGACCAUCAUAUAUGUCAGCUGAUCAACCAAAAAUACCACCAGAUGUCAUAAGACGUAUUCGUUCAAAUUAUCCAAAUGAUCCACGUUCACCAUUUUAUGAUCCAAGUGGUGCAGCAAUGAAACCAUUAGCCCGCUUACAUAUUACAAGAAGACGUUUAUAUGCUAAGAAAUGUGAUCAUGUUCCAACUGAAAAUGAACCAAUUGAAUGUGCUACAACACCAUGGCAACCAUGGUCUGAAUGUAAUACAAAAUGUGGUAGAGGUAAAAAAUAUCGUCAUCGUGCAUUUAAAAAUCCUGAAUUAGCAUUAAGAUAUCGUUGUCAAACGAAUUUACGUGAAGAAAGAAUAUGUGAUGGUGAAUAUUGUGGAGCAUUAGAUACUGGUGGUGGCGGUGGUGGUGGUAAUAUAGGUGGUGCUAGUGGUUAUAGUGGUGGAGGUUUUGAUAUAGGUGCUGGUAAUGAUGAUGCUGCUUGUCAAACAUCAAAAUGGACUAGUUGGUCUGAAUGUAGUACUAGAUGUGGUAAAGGAACAAAAACAAGAAGUCGUCAUUAUUUAAAUCGUAAAAAUACAAAAAAAUGUUCACAAAUUAAAGGAUUUAUUUUAGAGGAGAAUGCUGAUUGUGAGGGAUAUGACUGUGGUGGUGCUAUCGAUUCAGAAGGUCAUGAAUUGACUGAUGACCAAGCACCCGAUGAAUGUCAAAUUGGUGAAUGGUCUGAUUGGACACCAUGUUCUGUAACAUGUGGUGUUGGUCAUAAAACACGUCAACGUGAAAUUUAUAAUCGUAAAUUAAUGAAUAGUAGAAAUAUGGAUUUUGAUCAAUCGGAUCCAUGUAGCGUUUUAAAACGUGAUGAAACUGUUGAAUGUGAAGAACAAGAUUGUAAUAUUGUACCAGAAUUUUGUUAUUUUGAACCAGUAUUCGGUCCAUGUCGUGCAAAUGUUUCAAGUUUUUAUUUUUAUGAUCGUAUUUCUGGAGAAUGUGGUAUAUUUAUUGCUGGUGAUUGUCAAGAAAAUCAAAAUAAAUUUAAUACAUAUGAAGAAUGUAAUGCAACAUGCCGUUAUCGUAUACAAAUGAAACGUAUGAAUGAUUUAACAAUUGAAAAUUUACAAUUAGCUGAAAAAAUUGAUUGUAAAGUAUCUGAUUGGUAUGUAAGACCAUGUAAUGUAACAUGCGGUGAAGGUUAUCAAAUUAAAACAAGAAAAGUUUUACGUACACCACAGCAUGGUGGUAAAUCAUGUCCAAAGAAAUUAGUUAAAGUUGAAAAAUGUUAUCAACGUUGCCCAGAUGAAUAUUAUAGUGAAGCGUUUUUAAGACGAAAUGGUCAUUCAAAUAUGAAAUUAAAUUCUGAUAUAAAUAAUAAUUAUAAUGAUAGAAAUUAUGAUGAUAAUAAUGAUGACAAAAAUUAUUAUUAUAAUAAUCAACAGCAACAGCAACAGCAACAACAACAACAGCAGCAACAAAAUAAUUAUAAUAAUUAUUAUAACCGUUAUUCUAAUAAUGAUAAUACACAAUCAAAUAAUAAUAAUGAUGAUUGUUUAUAUGGUCCAUGGUCACCAUGGUCACCAUGUACAGCAACAUGUGGUCAUUCAAUUAAACAAAAAACUCGUAUAUCAUUAAAACCCGACAUGAAUACAAAAUGUCGUGAUCGUGUUCGUGUUGAAAAAUGUGAUGUAUUGCCAUGUUCACCAAAAGAAUGCCGUGGACCAUACUGUUAAAAACGAAUUAAAUAAAAUUAUUGAAGAAAACGAAAUUUGAUAAAGAAUUCGAUAAAAUUUGAAUUAAAAUUUUUAAAAAAUUAAAUACAUAUUCACAUGUACUACAUACAUUUUUCCUAUAUAAUAUUUUAAUAUUAAUAAUUUUAUAUCAUUAAAUUUUUUGUAUUUAUAUAAAUUGAAUUAGGAUAAUAAAUUAGGUUAAUAUUUUUAAAGUGAUUUUAAUUGUUGGACAGCUGAUUAUUAUUGGGGCUAUUGAUUUAUUUUAAAAUAUAUAAUUUAAAUUAAAUGAUAGAACCAAAAUAAAAUUAUGCUUAGCUUAUACAAUUAAAAUUGAAUUAAUGAGAAUUUUAAGAAAAAUGAACAAUAAAAGCGAAUAUAAACGAUUUUAUAUUAAACUA